AUGGAAAAAUCAAUAAAAAAUAAUGAUUCUCUUAUAAUAAAAUUAUCAGAUUCAAGAAAAGAAUUUGAUGCGUUAUUUAAAAAAAUCGAUUCUUCAAGAGAUGGCAGUAUAACAUGGGAUGAAUUUUUAUCUCAUCUCUUGUUAGAAUUUCGAUUAAAAGGAACAGCUGCUCUGAAUUCGCAACCUCUAGAAUUACCAAUAGUUGAUCCACCAAAAUUAAUACAAAGUCGACAUCCUUAUGCGAUUUGUAAAAUAAUUUUAUAUACAGAUAUUUCGAUUCAAAACGAAUCGUCAAGAAUGAGUUCGUGUAACUAUCUAACUGCAAGCAAAGAUGGUACUAUUAAUUAUUGGUCAACGGAUUUUGUUCAUCAACGACAAGUCAAGGCUAUUAAUAUUUCGUUAAAAAUACAUAGUUUUCGAGUUGCAGUAGUGUGCAUGAGUUAUUAUUUCAGUGAAAAUUCAUCAGAUAAAUCUUGUAUAAUAAUGGGAGACACUAGUGGUUCUAUUAAUGUAAUAAGAUUUAAUCGUAUGGACAAUAAUCCCUUCAAACAACGGCCUGACUGUGACGUUUUUGAGAUUCAUUACGAGAGUGCUCUUAAAAGAACCAUAAAUGGCUUAAAAAUCACAGCCUUCAAUUAUAUUCAUAGUAACUGGGUAUCUCAAGUGAAUUAUUACAAAAGUUAUCAAGCUUUUAUUUCAUGCUCAAAAUGUUUUAAAACUUCUCUAUUUUUCUGCGACAUCACGGGAAGUAAAAUGAAGUAUAAUUUCAAUGUUCCUCUAGGAAUAUCAUGUUUCGCUUUUCAUGAAGGAAAGGAACUAUUAUUAACUGGUGGUCCGGACAGUUUAAUACGCGCUUGGAAUCCUUUUGUAGCAGAUAGAGCCAGUGCUAUAUUUCAAGGACACCAAUCACCUAUAUGCGCGAUUAUAAUACACAAUAGCGCAGAAAAAGCUUACACAUUGUCAAAAGACAAAUGUAUUAAAAUUUGGGACAUUGAAACUCAAAUUUGUAUUCAAACAUACAACCAAUUACCCAGUGAAGUUAGUGAAUAUACAUCAUUGUCGUCUGUUUAUAAUCCUGUUACACAUCAAUUAAUUAUAGCAAGUAUGAUGAUCGCUGUGGUAGUUUGUGAAAAAACAAUCGAUAAAGAUAAAUCUGAUGGUGAAAGUCACACUAAAAAAAUUACUUGUGUUAUUUAUAAUCCAUUAUUCGAAGUGGUUUGUAUUUGCUUUAUUGUUAAUCAAUUAGUAAUUACUACUGGGUCAGAUUCUUAUAUAAUUAUGUGGGAUCCUUGGCGAGGACGUUGUAUAUACGUAAUUAGAAAUGCUCAUACUGAAAUGUACCUAGGAAAACUCAGAGCAAUUCCAAUCAGUGCAGCAACCUUUGAUCCAUGUAAUCAAUUAUUAGCUACUGGUGCAAAAGAUGGUUCUAUAAAAGUUUGGAGCUAUAGUUCCGGUACUUGUUUAAAAACUAUGAUGAUUAAUCAGAAAUGGUAA